GCAGCAGCGAGAGUCGCUCCGCGGAGGGCAGGGACGCGCUCGCCUUCGCCUGGCUCGCAGCCGCGCCCCCGGCGCCAGACCCGCCCGCGAGAUGCCGCGCUCGUUCCUCGUCAAGAAACAUUUCUCGGCCAGCAAGAAGCCCAACUACAGCGAGCUGGAGAGCCAGACGGUGAUCGUCUCCCCAUUUUUGUAUGAGAAGUACUCCCUGUCGGUCCCCCAGCCAGAUAUUCUGAGUACCGGCCCUUACUACCCUCCGCUUGUAUGGGACACAGGGCUGCUCUCCAACUUCUUCACUUCGGAGCAGGAGUACCCGAAAGCCUCUGCUUCCCCCCCCAGCCCUGACUCCAAACCUCUGGACCUGACCUCCCUGUCCAGUGAAGAAGAGGACGGCAAGACCACGUCUGACCCACCCAGCCCGGCCUCAUCUGCCACUGAAGCUGAGAAGUUCCAUUGUAGCCAGUGCAGCAAGUCCUACUCGACCUUUGCGGGCCUUUCUAAGCACAGACAGUUGCACUGCGACUCCCAGACCAGGAAAUCUUUCAGCUGCAAAUACUGUGAGAAGGAGUACGUGAGUCUCGGCGCACUGAAGAUGCACAUCCGAAGCCAUACCCUGCCCUGCGUGUGUAAAAUCUGCGGCAAAGCUUUCUCCAGGCCUUGGCUCCUGCAGGGCCACAUCAGAACGCACACGGGUGAGAAACCUUUCUCCUGCACGCACUGCAACAGAGCUUUUGCCGACCGGUCGAACCUCCGCGCUCACCUGCAGACCCAUUCCGAUGUGAAGAAGUACCAGUGCAAAACCUGUUCCCGGACUUUCUCCCGCAUGUCACUGCUCCACAAACAUGAAGAAACGGGCUGCACUGGAACCCGCUGAGAACUCGCCAACGGCUGUGGAUUCCUCCCUGCUCAUACAUGUAUUGUAACUAGUUUCUGUAGAACGUAGUUUUCUGUUGAGCUGCCAGGGCAGUGUUAUCAAACUGUCAUUUCCAGCUGCUGCCAGUCUUAAAGCGACACCUACACCCCUUCCUUCUCUUUCUCUGUGUCCUCAAGACAGUUUUUUUUAAAAACCCUUUUCCUGGACAAUUCUUGCCUCAGGCAGAGUCAGGGUGACACAGUAGCUGCCGCCGAAAUGAGAACAUGUCAUGCAUAUGAAUUUCUGAUUGAACUCUCUCAUCCUGUCAGCUGCAAUUUAAAAAAAAUCUCACUGUUGGAUCCAAGGGUCCAUCUAGUCCAGCAUUCUAUCUUCAAAAGGCGGCCAAGCAUAUGCAAAACCUGUAAGUGAUGAUCAUCUGUAUUUCUUCCCAGCGCCUGGUACCUCAGGGUAUACUGCCCCUCGAAGUGGAGGUUCCACUCGGCUGUCAGUGCCAAACAGCCCUUGGGCAUCCGAUCCUCUCUGCAGUACCAAACCUGCCUUUAAAAAGCCAUUGAAGCUAACAGCCGUCGCUGUUUCUAUGUUCUUCAUUUACAAGUGUAGGAAUGGCUUUAUAUGCUCGGUACCUGCCAGGAUUGAGCCUCACAUCUAGCUGUCCUGAAAUAACACAGUAUUUUUCUAUUUGGGGUGGGUGGUGGGUGGGGAGUAACAGAUUGACCCUGAACUGAUGUGCCUCUAAGGACAAAAGCAAAGUAUUAAAACAAAAAAACCCCAACCUUGGUUCUUCCCUCCCCUUCCCAGCAUUGUAUAUACACCGCCUAUAGAAGGUGUAACUAUGCAGUAAUACAGUAUUGCAUUAGCUCUGAGGCAGCUGCUUCUUCGGCCAACACAAUGACGAUUUGCAAUGCCUCCCAAGAUUAACAAUGUCUAUAGAAGGCAUCGGGGUAGCCGUUUCAAACAAGCCUCCUGUUUACAGAGCCGCUAUGCACUCAAGCACCUGUUAAUAUGACUUCUUUUAACAACUGCUUUCUUUCUCCCCCCAAGAGAACUGUGACUAAUAGCAGGCACUUGUCAAGCGAUAUAAUAGCAGUCUGUGUUGAGAGGGCUGCUCCAUUGACAGGUGUGUGCCAAAAGAGCUAUUUAUGGCGAUUGACAGGUGCCUCCUGAAUGCAUCUUUCUUUUGUACAUUGUUUCCACAUCAAAAACAACAAAAAAGGGUAUGUUUACAUUUCAAAGGUACACUGGUAUUUAUAUAUUUUUGUGCCACGAUUUUAUACGGAUUAAGAAACA